AUCCGCACAGUGCUGUCUGCGUUCCAGGGAGAAUAUCAGCUCCACACAGGGAGGAGAGGAUUAACACAGCCCAGCACAUCUGCAUGUGGAUGCACACAGAGGGAGGCUGCGGGAACACAUCACGGCUCUGAGGGCUCGCUCUCUCAACCAGCUCAGGACCUUAAAACAGCUUCUAUAGUUUCAUGGUUCUUGUGCACUCACUGUUGUGAAGAGGCUUCAUCAACUUUUUCGUGCUUUUUCUUCCUAGCUAGAGGCUCCAGUUGUUUUAGCUCGUGUUUUGAGUGCGUGUAAUCAAUUUUCUUGCUGUGCCACAGUAGCUCUUUUCUCCAUGAAACCAUGCAAGGAGCAGAGCAAAGUACAGGCUAGCUCUGAGAAAAAGGGGCUUCAAAGCUGAUCUCGUGGGAAAGUCACGCGAUUCUGCACCGCAUCUCUCUGCGUCUGUCCGGUUCUGUCUGAAGUUGUGGUGUGCGAGUGUUACAAUGCCGUCGCGGGAGUCGUGCGCCGGCCGGAAAGGAGACAAGUCCCUGGUGCACAAGCCCAAGCGCGAGGGAAACCAGCAAGACAUGCUGGCGGCCGCCCUGGGAAUGAGGAUGGGGCCGCAGAAGCCCCCCUCCGCGCUCUGGCAACCUCUCAAACUCUUGGCUUAUUCGCAGCUCACCUCGCUGGUCCGCAGAGCCACGCUGAAGGAGAGCGACCAUGUGCCCAAGUGCGAGAAAGUCCACAACUUCAAGGUGCACACCUUCCGAGGGCCUCAUUGGUGCGAGCACUGUGCCAGUUUCAUGUGGGGGCUGAUUGCUCAGGGAGUCAAAUGUGAAGACUGUGGGCUCAAUGUCCACAAGCAGUGCUCCAAGAUGGUGCCGAACGACUGCAAGCCGGACCCGAAACACGUCAAGAGGGUGUACAGCUGCGACCUGACGACCCUGGUGAAGGCCCACGAUGCCGCGCGGCCGAUGGUAGUGGACAUGUGCGUGCGGGAGAUCGAGUCCAGAGGGCUGAAGUCUGAAGGACUGUACAGAGUAUCAGGAUUCAGUGAUUCAGUGGAAGAUGUCAAGCUGACAUUUGACAGAGAUGGUGAGAAGGCAGACAUCUCUGUGAAUGCUUAUGAAGACAUCAAUAUCAUCACUGGUGCACUUAAACUCUACCUGAGGGAACUGCCCGUUCCUGUCAUAACGUACGAUGCCUACCCCAGGUUCAUCGAGGCUGCCAAGCUGUCAGACCCCGAGGAGCGGGUGAAGGCCCUGGCCGAGGCGGUGAGGUCACUCCCACCCGCACACUUCGAGACUCUGCGGUACCUCAUGGCCCACUUAAAGAGGGUGACACUGAACGAGAAGGAGAACCUGAUGAACGCGGAGAACCUGGCCAUCGUUUUCGGCCCCACCCUGAUGCGCGGCCAAGACCUCGAUGCCAUGACGGCGCUCAAUGACAUCCGCUACCAGAGGCAGGUGGUGGAGUCUCUCAUCAAGAACGAGGACGUCCUGUUCUGACGAGGGGCGAAGUCCAAGUACAAGACAAAUGAAGGAAUUCCCUUUUGAAAUAAGCAUGAUACCAUCUUAUUUCUGUUUGUUUUUUUGUGCAAAGACUUUGAUAUAAGGAAGCGUUUUCCACUCCCAGUGGACCACUACUGGAGAUAGCUUUUCCUUCCCUUCGGAUGGGUGUGGAUACUGUACCUUAAAGCUAGAUCUUGCAUGUCUUUCUCCCCAUUUUUGUCGGGGGUAAUUGAAACUGAGGCACACCAAAGGUGGGGAAGUGUAUAUUUUGGAAAGCCUGUAUCAGUACUGCAGCAUGUUUGUUUUUGAGUCUUAAAGCAUUGUUCAGUUUGGUCCUGUGGAUGUAGCCCAUUGUUGCUAAAUGGGCAGUAGUUUUUGUGAAACACUAUGUACCUGAAUGUGACCUACAGUAGAGUACCUUUUUUAAAACCUUUGUGAAGACCUCUGACCUAUUGCUUUUUAUAUAAAGGAUCUUUUAAGGUUAAUAUUAAAUCUCCUUCAUAAUGGCAAGGAAGAAAUCACUCCCCUGUGCUUCUCUGAAUUAACCAGGCC